AUGUCCUGUUUCGGCGGUCACGACGAGCAGAUCUAUCUAAUCGAGAUACUGAUCGAUAAAUUGACGUUGACGCCCGUUAAAAUCAAAGACGUCGCCGGGCACCCUAUCGUGAUCAAGAUCAAACUCUUAGAUUUCCCCGUGUUCGAGUUCACGCGAGACGACGACUCAGACGCAUCGAGGCGCGAUCAGGAUGUGCGCUUUGUGGUCGGCAAAUGCUGUCUGUUCGUCAAACGACCGCGGGAUCUGGUCCAAGGACUACGCUCGUCGAGCUUGAAGAUCGGCGUGUUUCGCGCGGACGACACCUAUCCCACGGCGGAGACCGAAUUAACUCUGCCGGGUUGCCUGUGCGACCAGAUCGCCAUGAUCGGUAACGAUCCCGAGAAUCAACCGAGACCGUUCGUGAUGAAGGGCGGUGUCCAUCUCGUAGAUCCGGGCGAAAAUCCAUCCGGUACGUUGUACAUGGAACUUACCGUCGCAUGCCUUGGACGCAUCUUCAGGACGCAGCACGAACUGCUACCUAAAUCUCUCGUUUCCGGCGAGCAGGACAAGGAACGGGAGAUCUGCGUGAAGCGAUUCGUAUUGCCCGAGUUUCUCGAUGAGAAAAUUCCCAAGGACGCGGUAUUGCAGGAGAUCGCUCCGAAACCGAAAGUUAAAAAAGCGAAAGUACCGAAAAGUAAGAAAGAUAAGAAAGGGAAGAAAGGUAAAAAGAAGAAAGGCAGGAAGUGA